AAGGUCCUCAUUAUUUCUCAUUUCGUGCUACAAACCACUCGAGUGAAGCAUUGUUUGAGAGAAAGAUAGAUAGAUCAUGGGAGACCAAGCUUCAUGUGGGAUGCUGUGCAUAAGAGUCAACAGAGUUAAGGCUUACCUAGCAAUGGUCUCCCUGCAAUUUGGGUAUGCAGGGAUGUACGUAAUCACCAUGGUUUCUUUGAAACAUGGCAUGAGCCAUUACGUUCUUGCUGUCUACCGUCAUGUUGUUGCCACUCUUGUCAUUGCCCCGUUCGCCCUUGUCCUCGAAAGGAAAAUAAGGCCAAAGCUCACACUCCCAGUGUUUUUCAGGAUAAUGAUACUCGCUUUCCUCGAGCCAGUGCUUGACCAGAAUUUGUACUAUCUGGGAAUGAAGUACACCUCGGCAACUUUUACUUCUGCUACCGUCAACGUCCUUCCUGCCCUUACCUUCAUAAUGGCAAUAAUCUUCCGAUUAGAGACUGUGAAUGUGAAGAAGUUACACAGUCUAGCCAAGGUAAUCGGAACAGUGAUCACAGUAUCGGGAGCCAUGGUGAUGACUUUGUACAAAGGCCCACUGAUCGAUUUUAUCAGGCAUGGUGGAGGCGGCCACCACCAUGGCAACGCUGACUCCUCUGAUAAGCACUGGGUCACGGGGACACUAAUGCUACUAGCUAGCUGCACUGGCUGGUCGGGCUUCUUCAUAUUACAAUCAUUUACGUUGAAGAUGUACCCGGCUGAGCUCUCUCUUUCAAGUUUGAUAUGUUUAAUGGGCGUGGUGGAAGGCGCCGCCGUGUCACUUGUGAUGGAACGUGACAUGAGUGUGUGGAGGAUUGGGUUCGACUCAAGGCUCCUCGCCGCUGUUUACUCAGGUAUAGUGUGCUCGGGAAUUGCAUAUUACGUGCAAGGUGUUGUAAAUAGAGAACGAGGGCCUGUAUUUGUGACAUCUUUCAGCCCUCUAUGCAUGAUUAUCACGGCAGCUUUAGGGGCCAUAGUGCUGGCUGAGCAAGUCCAUGUUGGAAGCAUAUUCGGAGCCAUUCUCAUUGUGCUUGGACUUUACACUGUGGUUUGGGGCAAAAGCAAAGAUGCUCCACCUGCUAGCUCAGCACCAUCUGAGAAAAGUGGUGCCCAUGAAUUGCCAAUUACAAGAUCAACCAAAGUUGAUGACAAUGGCAGCAUCGAUGGGGCUGAUGGAGUUGUCUUGAAACUAAGCCCUGAAAAGUUAUGAGGUUUCCAGCUGAAUUUGAGCUCCAAGAAUCCUUAUAAUUAAUAUAUUUUACAUAUUUCUAUGCCCCCUGUUUCUCCCUCUCCAACUGGGUCUACCCAGUUUAGCAAUUUGUGCUCAUACUUAAUGUGAGAAACCAAAUUGUUAUAUAAAUCAAAUAUUUAUCUCUGUCGAA